AUGAUCAAGCAUCGACUGGCCGAACCGAGGUCGGCCAAGCAUGAUUUGUACUCAUUUGCGGCAGAUCAGCUCAGCCAAGAAGAUAUUUGGUCAGAAGCAGCAGUAUUCCUGAUUGGAGGAGGCGACACAGUGGCUACAGCCAUGACGGCUCUUUUCUUUUAUAUGGCACGCAACCGAGAAUGCUACCGUAAGCUGGCCGAAGAAAUAAGAUCCAGCUUCAAAAUGAGGACACAGAUAAAAGGUGGAGCUAAGCUCACGAGCUGCAAGUACCUGCGGGCAUGUAUUGACGAAUGCUUGAGAAUGUCACCACCGCUGGCGUCAACUCUCUGGAGGGAGCAGAGAUCACAGGACAGUGGAAACAUUGUCGUCGAUGGCCACAUGAUUCCGCGAGGUACAAGGGUUGGCGUCAACACUUACUCUCUUCAUCACAAUCCAACUUACUUCCCCGAGCCCUUCAAAUUCUGGCCUGAAAGAUGGCUAGCAUCUCGUGACGAGAACAGAACUAGCCGAGAAGCAUUCGCCCCCUUUUCGACUGGGUCUCGUGGUUGCGCGGGAAAGGCGAUGGCUUAUCUCGAGAUAAGUCUUGUCAUGGCUACAACUCUGUGGGAUUUUGAUUUUGAGGAGGCGCCAGUCAAGGGUGCUAUGGAAGGUGGAAUUUAUCAACGGUUCAGCUAUCAGACGUCACCCGAGUUUCAGCUGCAUGACGUAUUUGUCUCCUCUCAUGACGGCCCAUACUUAAUUUUCCGGCCACGCACUCAUUCUGUUACAUGA